GAUAUAAUUUAAAAAAGAUGAAUAAAAAGAGUUUGAUAUUUGUAGAAUAUUUGCAGACUACAAAGUGCCUUUACCAAUACAUUUACAGUAUAAUGAUAAAAUUAAUAUAGUUAUUAAAAGCAUUUUGCAAUAACCAUACAUAGUAGGAUUUUAUCCAUUUUAAAGUCAUUUCGUGCAUGUCUCAGUUAUUUUUGAUGCCAUUUACAACCAAUGAAAUUGAUGUAAAAAGAGAAAACGCAUUCUUCUAUAAUGGAUGUACAGCCAAUAAAGCAAUUAUAUUUACAUAGAACAGACCAUAAAAAAGGGACAAAGCAAUUGAUAUAUAAGUAACUUACCCCUAUAUGAACAGCUAUAAAUAAUUUUUGCGAAACUCUCUUCGUUCCUUGCUAAUUUCCAUAGCCUCCUAAACUGGCUGUUUGUUUGGCGUUUUAGAGCCUAUUGCUUUAUGAUUUAAGAACCAGUUGCGAAUGACAAGUGCUGCUUCAGAAAUACAACGACCAAACAAGUCAACCCCGUUUGUGAUAAAGAAAAAAACUAACUUGGCACACGACUAUGAAUAGAUAUAGAAGUAUUGUUUACCUUGCGCUGAUUCUUUUACUGAGCAAAGGCCAUGUUUGCUCAGUAGAACGCUAUAGUUUGAGUUAUUGUUACUUUGAUGAGAUGGCCCAGACUUAUGGUGCUUCGAGGAGUCCUGGAUGGGUGUUUGCAACUAGGAGAAAUUGUGCUUAUGCGCCGACAUGCGCAGAUAUGUGUGCAGCUGCUAAAAGCUCUAUUCUAAGAUCUUUCUUUAACCAGAGAAGGAACGUGUCAUGUUACGAUGCAUUCCAUAUAACAAAGAGUCACGCCCUUCUAAAAGCAAACCCUGGAAGUGACCAACCUGAUUCUGGAAAAGUUAAUAUAGGUUCAUACGGAAAGGGCUCUGGACGAUUUACUUGGAGAACAAAUCACUGCGGACCUGUAAAGCGUAUUAAUCAACAAAUGUACGAUUAUAUAAACACAGCAAAAAUUCUACAUGUAUCUUCUCGAUUUACUAGUAUUCAAUAA